AUGAAUUCAUUAUUAAGAUGUUGUUUAAUCAAACCAAUUAAUAUAAAAAAUACAACAUCAUUUAUUAAUAAAUUAAAUCCAAAAUCAAUAAUACAAAAAUCAAACAAUUAUAAUAAUAUCAAUAAAAAUAUUUUAAAUAAAUUUAAAGAUUCAUCAUCAAAUUAUUUUAUAAAUUCAAAUAAAAUUUUAGAAAUAUGUAAUAAUAAUAAUAAUAAUAAUAAAUAUAAUGUAAAUAAGAGAAAUUAUUCUUCAUCAUCAAAUAGUGGCAAUAAUAAUAAUAAUAAUUAUAAUAAUAAAAAUAAUAAUAAUAAUAAUGAAAGUUUUUAUAAAAAAUUUGAAAAUUCAUUUGAAAUUAAAAGAAUAAAAGAUAUUUUAUUUAUUAUAGUUGGAACAUUUGUAAUAUUUAAAAUUUAUGAUAAUAAAAUUGGGAUUGUAUUUUGUGAAAAUGAAAUUGAUAAAGAAACUAUAUUAAAUGACCCAUACGAUAAAAUACCAAAUGAAAUUAUUGUAGAAUUAAAAGAUAGUGCAAAGGAUGAUAAUAUAAUAGAAGAAAGCGAUGAAGAUGAUGGUAUUAAAAAGAUUAGUUCAUUUAAAUUAUUUUUUAAAACUAUUGGUAAUGAUAUUUGGUUAUUCGGAUUCGGUAUAAUUACAGCAUUUUUUUCAAGUUGGGUUGGAUUACAAAUUCCAAAAGUUUUUGGAGUUUUAAUUGAUUGUACAAAGAAUGGUGAUUCUUUGCAGGGGCCUGCCAUACAGGCAAUAUUCAUUCUAUUGGCUCAGGCAGGCUUGAAUUUCCUUUAUUCUACCAUGAUAUCAGUGGCAUGUGAGAGAUAUUCAGCAAGAUUAAGAUCGACUUUGUUUGGAGCAAUGUUGGAGCAGGAGAUUGGGUUUUUCGACCAGAAUUCAACGGGUGAUUUAAUUAAUAGACUUUCAAGUGAUGUACAGUUGGUGAGAUCGGCAUUGAAGCAUUCUGUGUCGUUGGGUGUUAAGAGUUUUGGUCAGAUUGUUGGUGGUGUGAUUUCAUUGAUUUUAAUAUCACCAAAACUUUCAUUAGGUAUGAUGACAAUUUUACCAACGAUGGUUAGCGUUGGUACAUUUUACGCAGGUUGGUUAAAGAGUCUAAGUGUUAGAUCGCAAAGAGCACAAGCACAAUCUACAAUCGUUGCAGAGGAGGCUAUUGGUAAUAUUAGAACGGUUCAAGCAUUUUCAAAUCAGCAUUAUGAAAGUGAGAGAUUCAUAGAAAAAAAUCAACAUUCAUUGGCAUUGUCUACAGAGUCUGGUGUGCAAAUUGGUAUUUUCCAAGGUGUUACAUCAUUGGCAUUGAACAGUGUCAGUCUUUUAGUGUAUUGGUAUGGUGGCACAUUGGUAUCACGUGGUGAGAUGACAGGUGGCCAAUUGACAUCGUUCAUCAUUCACACUAUGAAUAUGCAGAGUUCAUUCUCCCAACUUUCAAUUCUAUUCACCCAAAUUAUGAGUGCAAUGGGUGGCAUGCAAAGAAUCACUGAAUUAAUCAAUCGUGUACCAUUGAUUAAUUCAAAUCAGGGUUUCAAAUUGAGGGAAUUAAAAGGUGAGAUUAAAUUCAUUAAUGUAGAUUUCAAAUACCCAACACGUCCACAUGUUCAUGUAUUGAAUGGAUUGAAUUUAACUUUAAAACCUGGCCAAGUUGUAGCAUUGGCAGGCUCAAGUGGUGGUGGUAAAUCAACAAUCGCUGGUUUAUUAGAACGUUUCUAUGAUAUUUCAAAUGGUGAUAUUACCAUUGACGGUUAUUCAAUUAAACAAUUGAAUGCAAAAUGGUUACGUUCUCGUAUUGGUAUCGUUAGUCAAGAACCAUCAUUAUUCGCAACAACAAUUCUUGAAAAUUUACGUUAUGGUAAUCCAAAUGCAACUGAAGAUGAAAUCAUUGAAGCUGCUAAACUUGCAAAUGCUCAUCAAUUCAUUUCAAACUUUCCAAAAGGUUAUGAAACUAUAGUUGGUGAACGUGGUGUUCAAUUAUCCGGUGGUCAAAAACAACGUAUUGCAAUUGCACGUGCAAUUUUAAAAAAUCCACAAAUUAUCAUUUUAGAUGAAGCAACAAGUGCGUUAGAUAGUCAAUCAGAAUUAUUAGUUCAAACUGCUCUUGAUAAUUUAAUGAAAGGACGUACAACAUUAGUAAUUGCCCAUCGUUUAAGUACAGUUCAAAAUGCAGAUUUAAUUGGUGUACUUUCUCAUGGUAAAAUUGCAGAAUUUGGUAACCAUAAUGAAUUAAUGAAUCAUAAAGGUUUAUAUUAUAAAUUAGUUCAAAGACAAUUAAGUCAACAACAACAAUAA